AUGCUUGCAGUACAGAGCGAGUUUUGCAAAAACGACGCGCUCCCUAGGACAGGCAACGUCUCUAGGUCGCUGGGUAUACACGAUGCUACUGGGGCCUUGUUAGGUAGUUCGACAGAACUAGUUAGAGCGAUAUGCGUACCAUACUCACCAGGUGUGGAGUUGUAUAUGUCGCCGAGGGACAGGCGACGCGCAGCUGUAAUUGUAGGGAGCCCUAUGCCAGCCCAGGUCCCACACACGCCAACUGGUAGUAGUUACCACCCGUUACCGCCUAGAAUAGUCUUGUUGCCUCCUGUUGCAUUAGAUGAAAUUGCUGUUAGCCUAUGCGCUCCUAAGCCAGGUCGCAGAGGCAAACAGGCUGUGCGCCAGUCCUCCAUGCCACAUACACUAAGACGGUCAAGAACUCCCUGUACUCCAAUUGCUGCAGUUUGUCGGAGCCUAUUGCACGAUGUAGAUGCGGCAGCUGAUAUAGGUAGUGUGCGCAUUCAUUGUAAUGCAGACAAGCCGCGGUUAGACGCCGCCCUAGCGCAUCCUCUCGUUUUGUAUGAGGGGGUUCCCUGA